UAUAAAAGAGGCGAGGCGCGCGCGUCGUCGCCACUACCCGCUGCGGAGCGAGCGGCGCAGAGCUGAUCCUGAAGAGCCGCGUUAGUUCCUCAACACCCCUCGGCCAGGCGCACCCAGGCCCAGCACCCCCAGGAGCCGAAAAUGGACCCAAGCGGGGUCAAAGUGCUGGAAACAGCAGAGGACAUCCAGGAGAGGCGGCAGCAGGUCCUAGACCGGUACCACCGCUUCAAGGAGCUCUCAACCCUUCGGCGUCAGAAGCUAGAAGAUUCCUAUCGAUUCCAGUUUUUCCAAAGAGAUGCUGAGGAACUGGAGAAAUGGAUCCAGGAAAAACUUCAGAUUGCAUCUGAUGAGAAUUAUAAAGAUCCAACCAACUUGCAGGGAAAGCUUCAGAAGCAUCAGGCCUUUGAGGCUGAAGUACAGGCCAACUCAGGAGCCAUUGUCAAGCUGGAUGAAACUGGAAACCUGAUGAUCUCAGAAGGGCAUUUUGCAUCUGAAACCAUACGGACUCGUUUGAUGGAGCUGCACCGCCAGUGGGAGUUACUUUUGGAAAAGAUGCGGGAGAAAGGCAUCAAACUGCUACAGGCCCAGAAGCUGGUACAGUAUUUACGAGAAUGUGCAGAUGUGAUGGACUGGAUUAAUGACAAGGUAUGUUUUAAGAAAGAAGGACUGCUAAGUUUUACUCAAGGAAAGGGAGGUGGUCCACAAGGAGGGCCAGCAUUUAAAGCUUCCCUGGGCUCUCUUCAGAGCCUGCAGGAACCUUUCUAUCUCGUUUAGGAACAGCACCCUGAAGAAGAGUUGAUUAAGACUAAGCAGGACGAAGUAAAUGCAGCCUGGCAGCGGCUGAAGGGACUGGCUCUUCAGAGGCAGGGCAAGCUCUUCGGGGCUGCUGAGGUUCAGCGCUUUAACAGAGAUGUGGAUGAGACCAUCGGUUGGAUUAAAGAAAAGGAGCAGUUAAUGGCCUCCGAUGAUUUUGGCCGAGACCUGGCAAGUGUUCAGGCUCUGCUUCGGAAGCAUGAGGGUCUAGAGAGAGAUCUUGCUGCCCUAGAGGAUAAGGUCAAAGCCCUGUGUGCCGAAGCUGACCGCCUACAACAGUCCCACCCUCUGAGUGCUACGCAGAUUCAGGUGAAGCGAGAGGAGCUGAUUACGAACUGGGAACAGAUCCGAACUCUGGCAGCAGAGAGACAUGCAAGGCUCAAUGAUUCAUACAGGCUCCAGCGCUUCCUUGCAGACUUCCGUGACCUUACCAGCUGGGUGACUGAGAUGAAAGCCCUCAUCAAUGCAGAUGAACUUGCCAACGACGUGGCUGGAGCCGAAGCCCUGCUGGAUAGGCACCAAGAGCACAAGGGUGAAAUUGAUGCACAUGAAGAUAGUUUCAAAUCUGCAGAUGAGUCUGGACAGGCUCUGCUUGCUGCUGGUCAUUAUGCCUCAGAUGAAGUGAAGGAGAAGCUGACCAUCCUGUCUGAGGAGAGGGCCGCACUGCUGGAGCUGUGGGAGCUGCGCAGGCAACAGUAUGAGCAGUGCAUGGACCUGCAGCUCUUCUACCGGGACACUGAGCAAGUGGACAAUUGGAUGAGCAAGCAAGAGGCAUUCCUGUUGAAUGAAGAUCUGGGGGAUUCCUUGGAUAGUGUGGAAGCGCUUCUCAAGAAGCAUGAGGACUUUGAGAAAUCCCUCAGUGCCCAGGAGGAAAAGAUUACAGCACUAGAUGAAUUUGCAACCAAGCUAAUUCAGAACAACCACUAUGCGAUGGAAGAUGUGGCCACUCGCAGAGAUGCUCUGUUGAGCCGCCGCAAUGCCCUUCAUGAGAGAGCCAUGUGUCGCCGGGCCCAGCUGGCUGACUCCUUCCACUUGCAGCAAUUCUUCCGUGACUCUGAUGAGCUCAAGAGUUGGGUCAACGAGAAGAUGAAAACUGCCACAGAUGAGGCUUAUAAAGACCCAUCCAACUUACAAGGAAAAGUACAGAAACAUCAGGCUUUUGAGGCUGAGCUCUCAGCAAACCAGAGCCGCAUCGAUGCCCUGGAGAAAGCUGGGCAAAAGUUGAUUGAUGUCAACCACUAUGCCAAGGAUGAGGUAGCGGCUCGUAUGAAUGAGGUCAUCAGUUUGUGGAAGAAACUUCUGGAGGCCACUGAACUGAAAGGAAUAAAACUUCGUGAAGCUAACCAGCAGCAGCAAUUUAACCGCAAUGUUGAAGAUAUUGAAUUGUGGCUGUAUGAAGUGGAAGGUCACCUGGCUUCAGAUGACUAUGGCAAAGAUCUUACCAAUGUCCAGAACCUGCAGAAGAAGCACGCCCUGCUAGAGGCAGAUGUGGCUGCUCACCAGGUAGAGUGUCAGUUGGGUGGGUGUGUAGAGCAAGUGAAUGCAGAAACUCUAGGAGAGGGCUGGGGGGCGGGCCAUUUUGCUGCAGAGGAUGUAAAGGCCAAGCUGAAUGAGCUGAACCAGAAGUGGGAAGCACUGAAGGCCAAGGCCUCCCAGCGGCGGCAGGACCUGGAGGACUCUCUGCAGGCCCAGCAGUACUUUGCUGACGCCAAUGAGGCUGAGUCCUGGAUGCGUGAGAAGGAGCCCAUUGUGGGCAGCACAGACUAUGGCAAGGAUGAGGACUCUGCUGAGGCUCUGCUGAAGAAACAUGAAGCUUUGAUGUCAGAUCUCAGUGCCUAUGGCAGCAGCAUCCAGGCUUUGCGAGAGCAAGCACAGUCAUGCCGGCAACAAGUGGCCCCAAUGGAUGACGAGACAGGGAAGGAGCUUGUCUUGGCUCUCUAUGACUACCAGGAGAAGAGUCCUCGAGAGGUCACCAUGAAAAAAGGAGAUAUUCUCACCUUACUCAACAGCACCAAUAAGGACUGGUGGAAAGUGGAAGUGAAUGAUCGUCAGGGAUUUGUGCCAGCUGCAUAUGUGAAGAAAUUGGAUCCAGCCCAGUCAGCCUCCCGGGAGAACCUUCUGGAAGAGCAAGGAAGCAUAGCACUUCGGCAGGAACAGAUUGACACUCAGACACGCAUAACUAAGGAGGCCGGCAGUGUAUCUCUGCGUAUGAAACAGGUGGAAGAACUAUACCAUUCUCUUCUGGAACUGGGCGAAAAGCGGAAAGGCAUGUUGGAGAAGAGUUGUAAGAAGUUUAUGUUGUUCCGUGAAGCAAACGAACUACAGCAGUGGAUCAAUNUAAAAUCUUGUUUUCUCUCCUCUCAAAAGAAGUUUGAUGAUAUUGAAUGGAUCUUUGUAGUUAUUAUUCUUUUUACUUUGAAGGAUCUGAAGGCCAAUGAGUCACGACUGAAGGACAUUAACAAGGUAGCUGAAGACCUAGAGUCGGAAGGUCUAAUGGCAGAGGAGGUACAGGCCGUACAACAACAGGAGGUGUAUGGCAUGAUGCCCAGGGAUGAAUCUGAUUCCAAGACAGCCUCCCCGUGGAAGUCUGCUCGUCUGAUGGUUCACACCGUGGCCACCUUUAAUUCUAUCAAGGAGCUAAAUGAGCGUUGGCGGUCCCUGCAGCAGUUAGCUGAGGAACGGAGCCAGCUCCUGGGCAGUGCUCAUGAAGUACAGAGGUUCCACAGAGAUGCCGAUGAAACCAAAGAAUGGAUUGAAGAGAAGAAUCAGGCUCUAAACACAGACAAUUACGGGCAUGAUCUUGCCAGUGUCCAGGCCCUGCAGCGCAAGCAUGAGGGCUUCGAGAGAGACCUUGCGGCUCUCGGUGACAAGGUAAAUUCCCUUGGAGAAACAGCUGAGCGCCUGAUCCAGUCCCAUCCCGAGUCAGCAGAAGACCUACAGGAAAAAUGUACAGAGUUAAACCAGGCCUGGAACAGCCUGGGAAAGCGUGCAGACCAGCGCAAGGCCAAGCUAGGCGACUCACACGACCUGCAGCGCUUCCUCAGUGAUUUUCGGGACCUCAUGUCUUGGAUCAAUGGAAUACGGGGGUUGGUGUCCUCAGAUGAGCUGGCCAAAGAUGUCACUGGAGCUGAAGCACUACUGGAGCGACACCAGGAACACCGGACAGAAAUUGAUGCCAGGGCUGGCACUUUCCAGGCAUUUGAGCAGUUUGGGCAGCAACUAUUGGCUCAUGGGCACUAUGCCAGCCCAGAGAUCAAGGAGAAACUUGAUAUUCUCGAUCGGGAGCGUACAGACCUGGAAAAGGCCUGGGUUCAACGCAGGAUGAUGCUGGAUCAGUGCCUUGAGUUGCAGCUCUUUCAUCGGGACUGUGAGCAAGCUGAGAACUGGAUGGCUGCCCGGGAGGCCUUCUUGAAUACAGAAGACAAAGGAGACUCACUGGACAGUGUGGAGGCUCUGAUCAAAAAACAUGAAGACUUUGACAAAGCAAUUAAUGUCCAGGAAGAGAAGAUUGCCGCUCUGCAGUCCUUUGCCGACCAGCUUAUUGCUGCUGGUCACUAUGCCAAAGGAGACAUUUCAAGCCGCCGUAAUGAGGUCUUGGACAGGUGGCGACGUCUGAAAGCUCAGAUGAUUGAGAAAAGGUCAAAGCUAGGAGAGUCUCAAACCCUCCAGCAGUUCAGCCGAGAUGUGGAUGAGAUCGAGGCUUGGAUCAGUGAAAAAUUACAGACCGCAAGUGAUGAGUCAUAUAAGGAUCCCACCAACAUUCAGCUUUCCAAGCUGCUGAGCAAGCAUCAGAAGCACCAGGCUUUCGAAGCAGAGCUGCACGCCAAUGCUGACCGGAUCCGUGGGGUCAUUGACAUGGGCAACUCUCUCAUUGAGCGUGGAGCCUGUGCUGGCAGUGAGGAUGCUGUCAAGUCACGCCUGGCUGCCUUAGCUGACCAGUGGCAGUUCCUGGUGCAAAAAUCAGCUGAAAAGAGCCAGAAACUGAAAGAAGCCAAUAAGCAACAGAACUUCAAUACUGGGAUCAAGGACUUUGACUUCUGGCUCUCUGAGGUGGAGGCCCUGCUGGCAUCUGAAGAUUACGGCAAAGACCUGGCUUCUGUGAACAACUUACUGAAAAAACAUCAGCUAUUGGAGGCAGAUAUAUCUGCCCAUGAGGUAAGCAGAGGGAAGAAGGCCAAGCAGAAGUCAUCCAGGGAGAAGAAGCUGCUAGUGAGUUCAGAAGACUAUGGCCGGGACCUGACUGGUGUUCAGAACCUGAGGAAGAAGCACAAGCGGCUGGAGGCAGAACUGGCUGCACAUGAGCCAGCCAUUCAGGGCGUCCUGGACACUGGGAAGAAGUUGUCUGACGAUAACACCAUUGGGAAGGAAGAGAUUCAGCAGCGUCUGGCGCAGUUUGUGGAACACUGGAAAGAACUAAAGCAGCUGGCAGCCGCCCGGGGUCAGCGGUUAGAAGAGUCCUUGGAAUAUCAGCAGUUUGUAGCUAACGUAGAGGAGGAAGAAGCCUGGAUCAAUGAGAAAAUGACUCUGGUGGCCAGUGAAGAUUAUGGAGACACUCUCGCUGCCAUCCAGGGUUUACUCAAGAAACAUGAAGCUUUCGAGACAGACUUCACCGUUCACAAGGACCGUGUGAAUGAUGUCUGCACUAAUGGACAAGACCUCAUUAAGAAGAACAAUCACCACGAGGAGAACAUCUCUUCAAAGAUGAAGGGCCUGAAUGGAAAGGUGUCAGACCUGGAGAAGGCCGCAGCCCAGAGGAAGGCAAAGCUGGAUGAGAACUCUGCCUUCCUUCAGUUCAACUGGAAGGCUGACGUGGUGGAGUCCUGGAUCGGUGAAAAGGAGAACAGCUUGAAGACAGACGAUUAUGGCCGAGACCUGUCUUCUGUCCAGACGCUCCUCACCAAACAGGAAACCUUCGAUGCCGGCCUGCAGGCCUUCCAGCAGGAAGGCAUUGCCAACAUCACGGCCCUUAAAGAUCAGCUGCUGGCCGCCAAGCACAUUCAGUCCAAAGCCAUUGAGGCCCGGCAUGCCUCCCUCAUGAAAAGAUGGAGCCAGCUUCUGGCCAAUUCUGCAACCCGGAAGAAGAAGUUGCUGGAGGCUCAGAGUCAUUUCCGAAAGGUAGAGGACCUUUUCCUGACCUUUGCCAAGAAGGCUUCUGCCUUCAACAGCUGGUUUGAAAACGCAGAGGAAGACUUAACAGACCCAGUGCGCUGCAACUCCCUGGAGGAGAUCAAAGCCUUGCGGGAGGCCCACGACGCCUUCCGCUCCUCCCUCAGCUCUGCCCAGGCAGACUUCAACCAGCUGGCUGAGCUGGACCGCCAGAUUAAGAGUUUCCGUGUGGCCUCCAACCCCUACACCUGGUUCACCAUGGAAGCCUUGGAGGAGACCUGGAGGAACCUGCAGAAAAUCAUCAAGAUGCCGCUGUUGUCCGGAUGCCACCUUGUCUCGCGGCUGCUUGGAUCUCCUCUCCACAGGACGUAUCUCCUCGACGGGUCCUGCAUGGUGGAAGAAUCGGGAACCCUGGAAUCCCAGCUUGAGGCUACCAAACGCAAGCACCAGGAAAUUCGAGCCAUGAGAAGUCAGCUCAAGAAGAUUGAGGACCUGGGGGCCGCCAUGGAGGAGGCCCUCAUCCUGGACAAUAAGUACACAGAGCACAGCACUGUGGGCCUGGCGCAGCAGUGGGACCAGUUGGACCAGCUGGGCAUGCGCAUGCAGCACAACCUGGAGCAGCAGAUCCAGGCCAGGAACACAACAGGUGUGACCGAGGAAGCCCUCAAAGAAUUCAGCAUGAUGUUCAAACACUUUGACAAGGACAAGUCUGGCAGGCUGAACCACCAGGAGUUCAAAUCCUGCCUGCGUUCCCUGGGCUAUGACCUGCCCAUGGUGGAGGAAGGAGAACCUGACCCUGAGUUCGAGGCAAUCCUGGAUACCGUGGAUCCAAACAGGGAUGGCCAUGUCUCCCUGCAAGAAUACAUGGCUUUUAUGAUCAGCCGUGAAACUGAGAACGUUAAGUCCAGUGAGGAGAUCGAGAGCGCCUUCCGGGCCCUCAGCUCAGAAGGAAAACCUUACGUGACCAAGGAGGAGCUCUACCAGAACCUGACCCGGGAACAAGCGGACUACUGUGUCUCCCACAUGAAGCCCUAUGUGGACGGGAAGGGCCGCGAGCUCCCCACCGCCUUCGACUAUGUCGAGUUCACCCGCUCACUCUUCGUGAACUGAUCCUCAGCCCAGAGGUCAGCCUGCCCCUUGCUGCGUGCCCUGCUGCAUGUCAACUCAUCUUUGUGCUCUUAAAAAAAAAUAUUCCAGACAGUGUUAUUCUCCAAUGUAACUUUAAGCCUGCUUAGCUUGGGAUAAGACUUAGUAGAAAAUGGUGCUUCAAUAAACUGCUUCUGGUCCAGUCACAAUCACCCUGUUGCUGUGAGGACCCAGAUAUAUGUCUUGAAGCCAGCUGCCGUCAUUCCGACUUCAGAAAACCUAAGCAAGCUGGCUCAUUCCCUUGUUCUCCUUUCCUCUCCCAAACUUUGUUUUCACAUAAAAGACAAAUAAAUGACUUGACUCUUCCCCCUAAAA